AUGAUGAAGCCCGAGGAGCUCAAGCACUAUCUGGCAGACCAGCCCCCCUCCGUCGUGCGCCUCGAGAUUGAGAAGCACUUUGCUCUUCUGACUGAGAAGCAGAAGCGAUAUGCUCACUUUAUCAGCAAGGCUGCUUUUGCCGGGUCCAGGAUUGUCCUGCGCCAGCUCUCCCCAGAGUCAGAGCCCAUCUUCGACUUGAUCAUCACCCUCCACAAGUCGGCCAAUGGUGACUGGAACGCGCUGGCCAAGAAGGCGGGCGUUGACGAGGCCGAGCUGAACCUUUUCCUCGAGUAUGUUGCCAUGUUCCUCGGCAACAUGGGCAACUACAAGAGCUUUGGCGACUCCAAGUUCAUCCCCAGGUGCAGCGAGACGACUGUCGCUGCUCUGGCCGCCACAUCACCCGAGGCCCAAAAGUUCUACGAUGCCACCAAGGGCGCCAUCUUCAGCCAUGACGACCCGGCUGCCAUGCACCUUGGCUUCCUGGACGCCGGCCACAUGACGACGUAUUAUCCCGACUCAAAGGACAUCACCAAGAGCGAGAUCGAAGCUGUUUCGACUUGGAUGGAGGAGAAGAGGCUCUUGCCCGAGAACACCAGGUUACGCAAGACGGCUGAUGGUUUCGACAUUCUCAUUGCUUCUGCUGUCACUAGCGUUCCCCCUGAGGGAGGCGACAUUGGCAAGGAAACCGAAUUCACUGUUGAGAAUGGCCCCCUGAAAGGCAAGACCAUCAGACUUGUGUAUGGCGACCACGCUGAAGAGAUGAAGAACAUUACUGCCUACAUCAAGCAGGCUGCGGCCAAUGCGGACAACGAGAACCAAAAGAACAUGCACCUGGCGUAUGCCAAGUCGUUCGAGACUGGAUCCCUCGAGGCGUUCAAGGAGAGCCAGCGCUGGUGGAUCAAGGACAAGGGCCCCAGCGUCGAGUGCAACAUUGGCUUCAUUGAGACGUACCGCGACCCUGCCGGUGUUCGAGGUGAAUGGGAGGGUUUCGCUUCUAUGGUCAACCAGGAACGCACCCGUGCUUUCGGAGAGCUAGUCAAUGCCUCUCCCUCUCUCAUCCCAUUGCUCCCCUGGGGUAAGGAGUUUGAGAAGGACAAGUUCCUUUCUCCCGACUUUACGUCACUUGAAGUUUUGACGUUUGCAAACUCUGGCAUCCCAGCCGGCAUCAACAUCCCCAACUACGAUGAUAUCCGCCAAACUGAAGGCUUCAAGAAUGUGUCCCUUGGAAACGUCCUCAGCGCCAAGGCACCGAAUGAGAAGAUCCCUUUCAUUCGCGAAGAAGAUCUGGCCGUGUAUCAGGCUAACCGAGAUGCUGCCUUCGAGGUCCAAGUUGGUCUUCACGAGCUCACGGGCCACGGAUGCGGUAAGCUCCUGCAGGAGACUUCUCCUGGAGUGUACAACUUCGACAAGGAGAAUCCUCCUGUCAGCCCCGUCACUCAGAAGCCCAUCAGCACUUGGUACAAGCCUGGCCAGACCUGGGGCUCGGUUUUUGGACCCAUCGCCGCCUCAUACGAGGAGUGCCGUGCAGAGCUGGUUGCUAUGUACCUGAGCUGCGAGUUCCCCGUUCUGAAGAUCUUCGGAUUCGGUGACGGAUCAGAAGACAUCAACGGCCCCGCUGGAGACGUUCUCUAUGCAUCCUACCUCUCCAUGGCCCGCGCCGGCCUUGCCUCUUUGGAGAUGUGGGAUCCCAAGAGCCAGAAAUGGGGACAGGCACACAGCCAGGCUCGCUUCUCCAUUCUCAAAUCUUUCCUCGAGGCCGGCGACGACUUCUGCAAGCUGGACUACACCAAGGAUGACCUUUCUGAUUUGACUAUUAAGCUGGACAGGUCCAAGAUUCUCACAGCUGGCCGCGACGCUGUUGCCAAGUACCUUCAGAAGCUUCACGUUUACAAGUCAACUGCCGACGUCGAGACUGGCACCAAGUUUUACACCGACAUGAGCACCGUUGGCUUGGACUUCUGGGGUACAAAGGUCCGCCAAGUGGUUCUUGAUAACAAGCAGCCACGCAAAGUCUUUGUCCAGGCCAACACUACCCUGGAUGAAGCCACGGACUCUGUGUCGAUCAAGCACUACGAUGCUACGCUUCUGGGAAUGAUUCAGAGCUGGGCCGACAGGAACCUGUAAGAACAGUGAAGUUACUAACAGCAUAUCCGAAAUGAGCGACGUGCCAUGACAUUGAUCAAAUACAUCUCCAGA